AAGGACCAACAUCGUGGCUUAUCUUCCAAAACCACUUGUCCUUGAAGCCAUCAUGUUCUUCUAUUUCUUUCUCUGUAAUAUAAGCUUCUCACACUUGACCCCCCCCCGUCUUCCAGUGAUGCCUCCCUCCUUCAACUUUCCACUUUUUCUUCUUACUUGCUCAUUUUUUAACCCUUUGCCUUAACACACGGUAACGUCACAUUGUAAAAGCGUCCCGUUGCUUAUUCAUGAGUGUGAGAGGGAUGAUGUUACUCUUUCGACUUAUCUACGCGCUCCUUAUUUGCUCCGUCGCUUAAGCCACAUUAUCGCGAGGAGGUAAACCGACGCCCCUUUUGGCUGAACAGGGUCUCGGUUCAGAGCGAUGCCGCUGAAACUAUGGCUGGUUGUUUUGAAAAUCGAGAGGCGAUAAAGAUCUCAGGCUUGUUUCCUAGCGGACCUUUUGGCAAGGGUUGAUAAAGCAGUCCAUAAGGAGCUUUAAGGCCUGAUUGCAGCGCCUCCUCUUGACCCACAGUGCUCUGAAGGGAGUAUGCACCCAUUUCACCAUGCCUCUGCCGUCCUGUUGGCUGCUCCGGCACUCCGUGGUCAUGUGCUUGCUGCUGCACAGCUUGGUGUUGAUGACACUCUGCUUCCACCACGCAGCCACCUCCUGCUCCAAUCGUUGCUACUGCUCUGAGAGUGAGGGUCCAUCCGGGGGCAAGACCAUGCGGUGCAGCAACCUGCGCCUCACCGAGAUCCCACGGGACAUCCCGAAUGAUACACGGCGUCUCUACCUUGACUACAACCUGCUGACCAGUGUCCCUGCCAAUGCCUUUCAAGAUCUUCCUCUUCUGGCAGAACUCGAUCUUUCCCACAACAAGCUGGCACUGCUUGAGCCUGGAGCUUUCCGGGGCCUGGCUGCAUCGUUGCUAUUCUUGGAUCUGUCCUCCAACCAGCUGGCCACACUGGACCCCGAAGCUUUUGAAGGCGUGAGGGCUCGAUCCAAUCUGACCGGCAACCCCUGGCACUGUGACUGCCGGUUACAGACAGCACUUCCGCGCCUCGAUCUGGAGCCUGUGUCUCUUACCGGCAUUGUUUGCCAAACAUCAGAGCCUGAGGACUCAGGUGCCCAAGGUGUGCCCUUUCUGCUGGCCAAAGACUUGGACCUAUGCGUGGUGCUUAAAAAGACCACAGAUGUGGCCAUGCUAGUGACCAUGUUUGGAUGGUUCACCAUGGUCAUUUCCUACCUGGUCUAUUAUGUGCGGCAUAAUCAAGAAGAUGCCAGGCGCCACCUGGAGUAUCUCAAGUCUCUGCCCAGCAGGCAGGGUAAGUCUGAGGAAUCUUCCACCACCACCAUUAGCACUGUGGUUUGACAGCAGACCAUUGCUAAAGGGGGAAGGUUCUCAGGCAAGCAAAGGGCAGUGGGUACGCUCAGAUUCUGGCCUGGAAGCGGAACCAACAAGAGGCUUAUCAUCUCUGGAAAUAACAGGCGCUCUCCGGAUUAUCAGAAAGUGAAAGUAACCAGCCUUAAAAACAAACGUGGUGACUUAGCAGCCGGAAAGAUCCUGCUGCAAGACUUCCAUUUCAGGCUCGAAGGUAAAGACAAACCCUCCUUGCUAACAUAGCAAGAGAUUUGCAGGGGUCAUCUAAUCUUAUCCAGAUAAAUAAUUGAUCCAGGACCAGCCAGGCUCCAAGACUGCACUGGCAGAGUGGUUUAUUUGCUCAGAAUGCUUUAGAAAAAGAAGACGAGUUCUUAUUUUUCCUCCAGUUAUUUUUAAAAGGAUCCCCAUUUAUUUGCCAGAGCAUGUAGCAUAAAGAAAGCACUCUCUUCCAUUAUGGUAUUAACAUGAAAAGUUCUGAUGUUUAUCCCAAGGACUGUGGUCAAUUUUAUAACAGAGCCAUGCAUUAACCUACACAUCAGUGCUUUUUAACAUUCUGAAUAAAUGGUUAGUGAAAGUCAGUGUUUUGCUCUGAAAUGUACAUUUUGUAUAAUUUUAUAGCAGAACUGAUCAUACUGAAACAAAAGCAAAGGACACCAGCUGAGCUGGAACUUUCUGGCUCUUUCAGGGGAAAUUACCACAAGAGCAAAAUGCUUUCUUUUUUUCUUUUUUUACGUUUACAGAUGAAGUGUACACUGAUCAUGCCGAAUACAAUCAUUGAUUGUGUGGUUCCUAGUCCUGGUCCUGGAAUUUCCCUGCUCUAAUAGAGUUAAACCAACUAAUUAAUGCCAAACACUGAUGCUGAAUUGGACGUUUUGUUGGACCGGUGUCUAAUGUUCUCUCCCACAUUCUAUCCGUGUCUGUGUGGUUUUCCGUCCAGAUUCCCCCAUAUCCUGACAGAUGGAUUGGCUACACUAAACUGCCCCUUGUUGUGAAUAUGUGUGUCAGAGUGUGCAUUCUUGUUGCCCUGUAAUAGGCCACCAUCCCGUCCAGUGUUCCUGGGAGAGGCUCCAGAGCCACCCUGACCUGGAUGAAGGGCUUCCUUAAGAUAAGCAAACAAGCCAAUCAAUAGAUGUCGCUAAUCCAUAUUUUUGCUGUUUGAUGCACGAAGCCUGACAAAACAAUUUCAUCUAACAAUGUGGGACUGAGCUGCCAGAUAACUGAAUUAUUUGUGAUGGUGCCAUCAGUUUUGUUCAUCUGUCUUGCAGAGUGACUGAAUCACCGAUUGAUAGCUCAUAUGAAGAAAUAGACUUCCUGAAAUGUCCAUGUGUUAUAGUGAUGAUAAUUUGAUCAUGCUGUCACGUGAGUCAUGACAGAAACACACAGAAACAUGCAGAAACACACCCACACACACACACACCAAAAUCCUUCACUAUAUUUAAUAUUCGGCUUUGCUUAUAUUUUACUUUACUUAUAUUUGGCUUUUUUUCCAAUCUACAUGUGAUUUUUUUAGCUUUUUGGAACAAGGAGGGGUUUUAGGUUUGGGUCACUGGUGUAUUAGAGGUCACUGGUGUAUUUAUUUUUUGGUGUUGGGGAAAUUCACAGGCAUUUAUUUCAAGAUUUGGGAGAAAUUAGAUUUAGGUGUAUAAAAUUGAUAUUUAUAUUCAAUUAACAGAAAGGAAGGUAUUUAUAUUUGGUUUUUGGGCAAUUACAGGUAUAAUAAUAAUAAUAAUAAUAAUAAUAAUAAUAAUAGGAGAACAAAUAGUGUGUUUGUUCCGCAACACACUGAACAGCAUCAACCCACUACACAUUAGCCUGUGUGAUAUUUCUUCAUCCUACCAUGACCAGCAGGAACAAGAAAAACUUGCACUCUGACAUAUCCAUCAAUUGUAUAAGGAAAGGCUCAGUUCACUGAGUUUUUCAAUAGACAGAGCUGUCUGAAUGGAGUAGAGUGUGAAAGCCCUUGUUUAGGCAUGGCUGUACCAGAACUGCAAACAAUAAGACUAACUAACUAAACUACUAAAAACAUUUCAGUGGAAAGUUCUUUGUAUUAAGAGCUGAGUUAAACAAAUGAUUCAUUCAAUUUUCUGACCUUCCCCUUCAAAUGAUUCAAAUGAUUUUCCACCCUACAUGUAGUUCACACCUCUGGGGUUGCCAGAUUUUUACUCAGUAGCAUCCUGACUUUCUCAACUGUCUUUAAACAUCAGCAGUUGCCUUUAAGCCUGAAAGGAUUCGAGGUCAGAAAAUGCAGAUUGUACAAGAAAAAUAAGCUUAUUUUUUUAGAACCUAAAAGCGAGACAACUUACAAAUGAAAAGCGGACGUGUGUGUGAAAUUGCUGCAUGAAUAAUCCUAGUUGUAAUUAUCGCAUCAAUCACUGAAGCAAAUGUGGUUGAAUUGAACAAAAUGGCUUCAUCAUUCAGCAGCACACAGAAUAGCAGUUGAUCCCACACAGAAAUUUUUAUCUGAGGCAGAGUGAAAAACAAUUACUCUACACGAGUAUAGUAAACUGAGGACAUGAAAUCAUUAUGAGAGUGCUGGAUUUUUUAAACAAAUGGUUUUUUUUGUUCCUUUAAUGCGCUCGAAUGGGACUGUAAAGAAAACGUGCCCACGGUUUGAAGAACAAGCUGACCAGGCAGUCAUCUUCUACUCAUCACUUCAAUUUAAUUCGUGACUCCAUUCAUUAAAAAUUCAUUUUGGAAAUAAGCGAAAUCUCCCGUAAACGUGAUUUAUUAAGUAAUAAUGUCAGUUUUAUGUAUUUUAUAUUGGCCUCGAAUGAUAUUCCAUAGCUGAACCAUGCGUAUUUUAUUGUGACUAUAACACACACAGUAAAAUUAAUUGAGGAUGGCAUGUAACUGAAACACGUCUGUUUUGGAGAAACCCUGCACUGUAGGCGUAACUCUCACACAGAUUCUAAACUGUGCUUAAGUCUGAGGUCAGAAUACCGAUGUUUAACUCAACUCGGAGUUGAUGCCAGUUCAAUCUUGAUCUGUGAACACUUUCAGAUAGUCCAUUCAGCGUCCUCUUUCGAUAGUCUCACAGUGCGAUGUGAUAUCUUUGCUCAGACGUCUUUUGUCGAAUCGGUGAAAUUGGCCGUAACGUAAGACCAGCGAUUGUCCAGAACCUCACAAGUAAGGAACCAUUAGCUGUCUGCAACAGCAAAAAAAAUAAAUCCUACAGUCUUACUCUAUCCAUGUUUAUAUCAUUGAAUAUACCUCAUAAACCUCAUAAGCCCUCAUCCUGAUAAUUUAUUGGUCAUAGUUUACUUUGCUGUAGUGAAAUUGUGUGGCCUGAAGAUUAGAUGCUGUAUACGCAAAAGCUAUUAAAGUGAAUUUACUGGAAUCUGCCAAAUCCUUCAACCACACUGAGUCUUUUACCCCAGAGUCAUUCUGUGAGUUACAGGAGGGUUCCCCGACCUUUUUUGUACCGGACAUUUUAUCCGCAGCCCGAGGGGAAAUUGGGGGGGUGGGGGUGAUUGAUAGAGAGAGCUCUCAAGUGACAUUUGUUUUUGGGUCAUUUUAGCAUGGGUUAGCUUGCAGAACCUACUGAUGUAUGGAAAAACCCCCGACUGCGUGGGCAUGGGCGGAAGUGGCAAGUAUUUCUUUGCGGUCCAGUACCAAAUGAUCAUAUCACCAUAACGGCCUGGUGGUUGGGGACCCCUGAGUUAGAGGACCAGGACUGGAAACCAGCACUAUCGACUGUUUUCAGGAUGUAGACUUCUACAAAACAUCCAGCGCUGUGGGGUUUAUUUACUUUGUUACUCAUUUUGACUGAGCUAAAUCUUUUUUUUAUUUUUUAUUUUUUAACCCACCUCAGUUACUCAGGACUCCAAAAGCCUUUUUCAGGCUACAACAGGUUUGAGGUGCAGCUUUAAUGCUAAUCCUCUACAGACAGAUUUGCACAGAAACGCCACCAGUGAAAUGCGUUCAUCUAAAAGAGUGUUGUGAAUACGUUUAAACUUAAGAGGCUUAUGGAUUUAAAUAAAAAUGGAGAGUCACGCUGUAUUGGAUGAUUUAAUUAUGAUAUAAGGAAAUGCCUGGAGUUUUGACACUGUGCUCGAGCAGAUCCAAUGGAAUUUGAUGAUUGUUUUUUUUUUUUUCAGGUUUCAGUCAGUCACAUACGCAGAAUAUUCCAGAAACACUUUGUACUAUAAUUAAUUAUAAAAAUAUAUUUUUUACUUUAUACGUUGGAAUUGUUCCUCCUACAGUGUUCAGGCUGCACUUUAAUGGAAAAAAUAAUGAC